CAGCUGACAAACCCAAAUAGCAGACGACCGAUCUGAGAGUGGAAGUCGGAGAGUGAAUUGGAAGGAAAUAAUAAACACUUUUGCAAGAGGGGGAAUCAAUUACUAUUUCAAGACGAGACACUUGGUGCAUCCCAUUCAGCAGAAGACCGGACAAAGGAGUGAGUUUAUGGUGAAAAAUAACUACUGAUUUAGUAAACUAUUCUGGGAGUGGCAGUCCUCUUGAGUGGUGCAGAACGUAUUGUCCAGUAAAAGAUCUUCUUGGGAGUAGCUGCCCUCCAAUAGGUUUUUAAAAACUAGUAGAAACCUUUCAUCUGCAUACAUUGAGUUCGGAGUGCGAUUUGUUUCUGAACAAACUUUGGAGGAAAUCUAACGGCAAUUAAAGAUAUAACCUUGCUGUCCAACAUAAAAUAUAGCAAGAUUAUGUCUCAGGCAGGUAACUGCCUGGGACACAACAGUAUUCUUGGAAGAGCAUUUCCAAGUAAACAUUAUUUACCUUCCGAUAGUGAAGAUGAAGGCUUUUACGAAGAAGCCGAACGCAUUGUGGCGAAAGCUAAGAUUGGAAAAGAUUGUAAUGAGCAUUUCCAAGAUCGUCCACGACAUGAUGUUCUGAAGUCGGAUGAUGAAGCGGAUUCUAUGUUUGAUACUGAAGAUGAAGACUAUUCUGAUGAUGAACCAUGGGCUGACUUUACUGAUUGGAGUGAUUCUGAAGGUUUGAAAUGCAAGGAACAUUUUAAUGAUCCACCAGGGAGUGUUGUUUGUUGCAAAGAAGAAAACUCUGUGAUGAUUAAGUGUUCUUCAAGAAACUUGGUCGGACUUUAUGCAGUUAUUGCAUUGAAGUAUAUUUUGAAAUAUGUUGAAUACAAGAAACAUUUUCAUCACCCACCAGGGAGUGUUGUUCGUUGGAGAGAUUAUGACAGAGAAAACUCCAUUUUAAUGUUGGUGAAAAACAAUCUUUAUUCUAAUAAAAAUGUUACAGUAUACAGAGAUAUUUUCAAAAAAGUGCUUACACGUGCUUUUUUCAUGUUUGAACAAAGAUUAUACUUGAAAAUUCCAGAAUAUAGGGCAGGACCUCUAUAUGUCAAUGAUUCUCAGAGUGUGGUGUGUUUUAAAAAAAGCCUCAUUGACAGCCAUGUUGAAAUUAAUAAUAGUAAAAUAUGGAAUUCAUAUUGGUUGAUUGAUUACAACGGCAAACGGCCCCAUGAUAUCAUUUUGAGAAGUAUACAAUCAAUAUUACAAAAUGUAUCAGAUCGGUUGUUCACGGGUACAAGUGUCAAGCAGCGGGAAGAACUCUGUCUGGGAUCAGUAGGCAUAUUGAGAUCACGAAACAUAACUUGUUUUCAAGAAAGUAUCACUGGAUGCAUUGUGGAUAUAAAUAAUGAAACUACUAUUAAUAACCAUUGGUUCUUCUGUUCUGAAGAUAUAAACCGCAAUAUGAUUCCAACUGGAGCCAUGGUGAUGAAAGUAGAUGUAACAGACUGGGAUCCUGGUGCCUGUGAAGCUAUAGAGUCCAGUGAGGUGCCUAUAAAAAUUGAAGACAUAGGAGGUAUACUGUUUUAUAAUGUGAAUAGUAUGCAUUCCCAUUACCUGUGUGAACCAUUACAUGUUAUAUCCUAUGUAAAUAUAAUUACAAACGUUCAGCCAUUAUAUGAAUUACUCUAUUCUAAUUGGACAGUGUGGCUUUUGAUGUAUUAGUCGCAAAUUUAGUAUAAAAUUGCAAUUUAUAUACAAUUUAUAACUUAUACAUUUCUGUUGAAAAGGCAGAUGUUGCUGCCAAGUCUGCUUUGAAUUUGCCUCAUGUCGGUGUUGGUGUUCUCUACAGUGAUUUUAAAUAUCAUAUUAACCAAUAUAUCUUUU